GUCAGCUGUUGUGGGACGGAAGGGAGGGGUGUAAAUCAGCUGAGACCUUCAGUCCGACUCUGAGCCGUCAACUGCUAGUGUAUGGUGAAGUGACAACGGCCAGCGGAUUUCCCAACAAGCACAAACUAGUUUAGGUGACAACAUGGGGUAUUCUAUCGCAGUUGUUGUCUUGUUAUUGGUACAUGUAUGCCGAAGUGGACGCAUCGUCAGGGAAAUCGGAGAAAAGUGCCAGACGCCCAACCUGGAGGCCGGGGAGUGCCGGAACAUCAAGAACUGCCCGGUACUGCUGGAGUACGUGAGACAAAGUGUGGCGCCAACUUCAACGUUCCUGCGGGAUUCCAACUGCGGGUUCGAAGGGUUGGACGCCCUAGUAUGCUGCCCCGAGCUGAGCUCCCGCCUAACCCCUUGGGAAAAUGGCGGUACCAACAGAAACAGAAGUACCUCUACUACCAGGAGACCUUCCUCCAAUUCCCCGUCCAGGAUAUCAGGCAAUGAAUGCGGCAGAAGUAACCUGCAAAUUGACAGGAUCGUGGGCGGGACCACCGUGGCGCUGGGUGCAUGGCCCUGGGUGGCGGCUCUCGGGUACCGCUCUCGCACCAGGUCGGAUCUCCAGUGGUUGUGUGGAGGAGCUCUCGUUACCAACCGCCACAUUGUUACUGCCGGCCACUGUGUUAUUAUACCCUCUACUAUGACGCUCUCAGUUGCUCGACUAGGAGACAUCAACCUAGAUGACAACGUGUCUGAUGGGGCGUCACCAGUGGACAUGCAGGUCGACAGGACUAUUCCUCACCCAGAGUACAGAACUAACGCCAAGGUCAACGACAUAGCCAUAGUCAAGCUGAGAAGUGCUGUCCAGUUCUCGGACCACAUUCAGCCAAUCUGCCUGCCAAGUAGUUCCCUGCUCCGUUCCAACACGUUUGUUGGACAAACUCCAUAUGUCGCAGGAUGGGGAGCUCUUUUCUUUAGAGGCCCAUCAACCAAGUCUCUGCAGCAGGUGGACAUCGACAUCACGGACGAGGAAUCCUGCAAGAAUGCUUACCGCAAUGAGCGAGGAGCUGUCAUAGACAAUCGUGUCCUGUGUGCAGGAAAAGCGGGCAAGGACGCUUGUCAGGGAGAUUCGGGAGGGCCUCUGAUGCUGGACCAGGGAGCUGUCUACUACCUAAUCGGAGUGGUCUCCUACGGGAAGAAAUGUGCAGAACCUGGUUAUCCUGGUGUCUACACUCGUGUUACUUCAUUCGUCGAUUGGAUCAACAGAAUAAUAGGGACGUACCCAUGGAUGGCGGCCCUAGGGUUCACCAGGGGGUCGGCCAGGUUCCCCGCUUGGGCGUGUGGUGGCAGCCUGAUCAGUGAUCAGUACGUGUUGACCGCUGCCCACUGCUUGGAUCCUACAUUGACUUACGGCUUCAAACUUUCUGUGGUGCGCCUGGGAGACUUGGACUUGAACUCCACGAAUGACAACGCCUACCCCAUAGACGUGGGCGUAGAGAAGACUAUCAUCCACCCUGGGUUCAACAACUCGAUCAAGACAAACGAUAUUGGUUUGGUGAAACUGGACAGGAAGGUUGAAUUUACUGACUUACUGAAGCCGAUAUGCACACCAUCGCCGGAGUUCAAGACUAAUAUGUUCGUCAACUCACCGUCAGUGGUGGCGGGAUGGGGGGUCGACAAAAACGAGACGGCAAGUACUCGGCUGCUGGAGGCCGAACUUCAAGUAACCGAUCUGGCGGAGUGUCGCAGGAACCUCACCUCUGUUUUCCCUCAGGUUCUCAUCGACCAGAGGGUGGUUUGUGCCUACGCUCCAGGCAAGGACUCGUGCCAAGGUGACUCCGGCGGCCCACUCAUGGUGUUUAGACGAUACAGGGGUGUAUCUAGGAUGUACGCAUUUGGCGUUGUUUCCUACGGAAAUGAUUGUGCAAAAAAGGGAUUCCCUGGAGUCUACACGAGGGUAUCAGAAUUCAUGCCGUGGAUCAUCGAGAACAUGGAUCUUUAAAUAUAUCUCACUCCAAAGUUAUUGUAUUUAUUUGUAUGAUAUGUGAUGCCUGUAGAAAUGUAGCGAUUGAUAAUUA